AAGUUAUGUCAGCAAGCGCAAACAAGUUGUACGAAGCUACUGCUGCUCUUGUAUUUAGCCAGCUAGCCUACGUGGAUAACCGUCACUCUGUCUGUCUGUCUGUCUGUCUGUCUGUCUGUCUGUCUGUCACUAUUAGCUACGGAAAUGGACGAGGGUCUCUGUUAGCUGUCCCUUUCCCGAGUACUGAAAGCAGCGCUUUACGCAGUGGCUGUUUAGCACAACAAUGUCAAAUAUAUACCUGUGUAUGAACAUCUAUCUAUCUAUCUAUCUAUAUCUAUCUAUAUAGAUAUAGAUAUAGAUAAAUGCACACGUGUUAUCUAUCUAUCGAUUAUUAUCUAUCUGAUGGAUACAACUCUGUGUAUCCGGAACAAUAUAUGUACAUAACAUCCGACUAUUUUUAUAAUAAAUGAUAACACCAAAUAUGAAAUGAUAAUCGUGUCCAUAAAUAUUCAAAAUAAUAAUUACUGAACUAUAAAAGAGAGCAAAGAGAACAAAAACUUUGUUUCAUGAGCACAAAACUCGCAAACGAGUUUUCCUGGACGAAGGGCUCGCGGACAUGACGAGGCGGCGCGUGGACCUUCUAGAACAUUGUCGGAGCCGCAGCGGCGCGAAAAAUCCACUGCUGUCCAUCCUGAACCGAGAAAGAAUGGCGUUAAGAAAAGUUCUUUCGUCGAAGCCCCAAACCCCUUACUUUAAGCCCCCGGCAAUACACAUUUGUGUGGUUGCACUGAAGGACCAGCAUAGGGUCACGAGGUGGGACUUCCAGGACGGCAGAGCGGUGGCGGCCGUCACAAAAGCUAAUGCCGUCAUGGCCAUCAGCGACGGGCACUCCGUGGCCAAAGUGACCCUGUAUGAAGACCUGAAGGCCCAAGUUCAAGAGGGUGCUUCCUACGUGGUUCGUGGCUAUAACCUGAGGGGCAAUUCCCCUCCAUAUGCCUUUAAUGUCUCAAGGGAGACAGAAUUCUUUCGAAGCAGCGCCCUCGUCAUCGACGAGAAAUUACAAAACGAGGCCUUGAGGCUGAUCAAUCCUCGCUCGCCCCUGACCCCCCUCAGCACCUGCAGGGAAUCUGCUGGUCUGGUCACGGUGGAAGGGGAGGUGGUCGAGGUAAGUAACUUUCCGUUUAACGGGACUGCGAUAUAUAUAGCCAAUGUAGGUUGUUGCUGUAAAAUUAAGAGUGUAAGUCCGCCGGACUGCAGCUAUGAGAACAUUAACACCCAAAUCCACUGUGUUCAGGUGUCUGAGCUGAAGGAGGUGGUGGUGGCGAGGGACCGCGUGCCACUGCAAAACAUCACGUUGAAGCAGGGGGAAACAAAGGUGCCCGUGUCCCUCUGGAGGGAAACCGCCCUCCACUGCUGUGAGAUCGGGAACGUCCUGAGAGUGUCCCACCUGAGAGGGUCGGAGUCCAAUUAUGGAUUCCGGCUCCAAACAACGGUGGAGUCAGCAAUUGAGGCGGUCAGUUCCACGGCAGCGGAGGAGGUUGGAGUUUACGGGGCAACACCGGCACGCGGGGCUCCCGGAAGCCUAAAAGUGCUCCUGGAGGACGACAGGACGCUGUUCAUCGAGGAGAGCAAGUGGCUGCCAAUAGCUGCCAUAAUGGAAGCGCCACCCUUACCGGUCAAAAUAACCGUUAAAGGCAACACCAUUGUCGCCAUUGAAGCCAUGCGGAAGGAGGAGUAGCUGUUUGAGUUUCUUUUUGUUGUUGCUGUUUUUGCUGUUGUUUUAAUGUGUUCAUUAGGAAUCGGUUCUCCGUUGUUCAAAUUACCUUUCACAUUGUAUAGGAUGUUAUUAAUCAAUUUGCCAAAGUUCAUGUGUUCUGUUUUUGUUCUAUGUUAACCUUUUGUAAAAUGGAUGUAUAAUCAGUUUAAUCAAUUCAAUCAGUUUAAUCAAUUCAAUCAGUUUAUUCAAUUCAAUCAGUUAUGACAAAUCCAUGUAAUCGUGCAGUCUGUGUUCAAUGUCCAAUCAAUACAUGUUUUAAUCUCUGAUUACUGAUUCAAUUUUCAAUCAAUAAAUGUUUGUCACAAUUCUCGACUUUUCUUUUAAAGUCUUCAAAAUCCCCGUGUAGCCACGGAUAGUGCUAUUAUUUGAUUACUGUGUGGAUGUUAAAAAGCCUUUAAUUUUUGCCCACAAAUGAUAAUUUACUCCUCGCGUGUUUCAGCAUUAACUCUGAUCAUUUGUAGCCGGCAUCGUGUGACGUCUGCCUUUGUUAGAGCGCUCUGUUUAGGACAGUUCUAAUCAGUCUGUCGCUUCCACUCUGCCGCAACUCUCCCCAUAGCAACCAGAGCCCCGCACACACAAGCAGCCGCUACGUCACACAUAAACAAAUGACUCUGUAUCCAGUCAGCUGACGCUACCGGCAGCUAGCUUUCGUCGGCUAGCGCUACUAUCGCGCUAGCUUUGCGGUGGCUGACAAGUUAUGUCAGCAAGCGCAAACAAGUUGUACGAAGCUACUGCUGCUCUUGUAUUUAGCCAGCUAGCCUACGUGGAUAACCGUCACUCUGUCUGUCUGUCUGUCUGUCUGUCUGUCUGUCUGUCUGUCACUAUUAGCUACGGAAAUGGACGAGGGUCUCUGUUAGCUGUCCCUUUCCCGAGUACUGAAAGCAGCGCUUUACGCAGUGGCUGUUUAGCACAACAAUGUCAAAUAUAUACCUGUGUAUGAACAUCUAUCUAUCUAUCUAUCUAUAUCUAUCUAUAUAGAUAUAGAUAUAGAUAAAUGCACACGUGUUAUCUAUCUAUCGAUUAUUAUCUAUCUGAU